AUGUCCGUUGGGGAUGCAUGUGAUCCAGCCGCGAAUGACGUUAGCACUGGAGAAACUGAUCCAAAAGUGAGCCUUGAACUUCACGAUGAUGAGGACGAUCAGUAUUUGUCACUGCGAGAUCUCUCGGCAAGCGCGAACGAGUUGGAUCUGAGGUCUGCGCUUGAGGAUAUGUUAAAAAUUGUCGAGGAAGAAGAAAUGAAAGAUGGUUUAAAGAAUGAC